CAUACAUUAAAGCAACUUUUAAGUGGUGAAUUCAAAGAUCAAUUAUUCUUGGAUAAAGAUUUGGCAAAUGCUAUUCAACAAUUUCGAAGAAGCAAUAUAGCAAACUCUGAACAAGACCCUAAAAAUGAUGCUUUAAACCUUUUAAAAGAGCUACAAAAAAUAAAAGAAAAUAAUCCUACAUGA